CUCUGCCUCUUCGAGCUUGGGGAGGGCUGGUGGUAUAAAAGCUCCACGGCGUGAUCCAGCCAGGAUUCAGAUUUACGGGAGAGCACAGAGAAGCUGAAGCCUGUCUCGCCCUCCCUCUCUCUCACACGGCUCUACCAUUGUGUCAGGAUGCAGGCAAGGACAUCGGUUCUUUUCCUGGUGGUUGUUUUUGUGGCUGUCGCUUUGUCUGCACCAAUAAAUGAUGGCACAGACAAUGAUGAGAAAGCACAGGCACUGCUAGUCACUGGUGAUAACAAUGCAGUUCACCCGACCAACAGCCCCGUAAAUGGAGACUCAGGAACUACAGAUGGAAAAGAAUCUGCAGAGAAAAGAGAAGACACAGGAAGUGACAUGGCAGAUACAACAGAAAAGCCAGGUGACACAAGUCAGGAUGAAACCACUAGUGGUCCAGAUUCCACCGAUUCUUCUGAAUUUGCAGUAGAAAAGAAGGACUUGGACAUGUCAGACCCAGCUGAAGAGAAUAAUAAAGAUCCUCUAGAUGACACGGCCGAACGAGCAUCAAGAGAAAAGAAACUAGACACACAAACAGAUUCUGCUGACACUGACUCAACACUCAUCUCAUCUAAUGAAAUGGACUCUCUGGACAAAACCUCGUCCAGUACGGAGACAGAGUCACGUGAUGAGCCAGACAAGGAUUCCCGAGAAUCUGAAAAGCUGAAGUCAGACAGCAGCACUGACACAAGCAAGGACAGUAAAGAACAAGAUGUGGACAAAAACUCAGAGAUGGAGGACAAAACUGCCAACAAAGCUGUGGACAGUGAUAGAGAUGGUGAUGAAACUAGAGACAGAGAAAACACUGAAGGGAAAGAUUCAUCAGAGAGAAAGGACAAGACCAACAAACAUGAUGAUACUGACAAAGAUACUGACCAUGACACAACAAGUUCUUCAGACAUGACAGAGCUCAGGGACAGCACUGAAAAGACUGACAAAGAGAAUGAUAGAGACAGUGACAAAGAGAAUGAUAAAAAUAUAGAUAAAGAUUCAGACAUUGAUAAAGAGGACAGUGAUAAAGACAUAGACAGAGACAGUGAUAAAGAUGAGGAUAGAGACAGUGAUAGAGACAAUAAGAAAGAUGAUAAGGACAGUGAUGGAGACAGCAAUAGUGAUAGUGAUGGAGACAGAGAUGGAGACAGUGUUGGAGAAAGUAAGAAAGAUGAUAAGGACAGUGAUGGAGACAAAGAUGGAGACAGUGAUGGAGGCAGUAAGAAAGACGAUGAGGACAGUGAUGGAGACACAGAUGGAGACAGUGAUGGAGACAGUAAGAAAGACGAUAAGAACAGUGAUGGAGAAAGUGAUGGAGACAGUAAGAAAGAUGAUAAGGACAGUGAUGGAGACAGUGAUGGAGACAGAGACACAGACAAUGAUGUGGAUAAGAAAGACAUAAAGGGUGAGGAGGAUAGUGCAGACGGUGACAAGGAUACAACAGAUGACUCAAGCAUUGACAAAAGCAAAGAGAAGGAAGAAAAGGACACUGACCAAGAGACACAGAGCAACUCUGAGCAAUCUUUAAGGGACUCUCAGUCAGACUUGGACUCGUCAAGUAAAGAGGAUAGCCAGGACAGAGAGAUGAGCAGCACUGAGUCCACUGAUAAAGACAGCUCAGACAGCACAGACCACGCUGACAAGGACAGCACCGAGGCAGAUGGAGAAGUUUCAGAUGUCAUUGCCAAUAGCUCAGAGAUAGAGACUCCUGAUGCAACAUCACUUGAAACAACUGAAGACUCUCGGGUUGACUCCAGUGAUGAGAAUGACAAUGACGACUCAAGGGAUGCAACAGAGUCAAAAUCACAGGAGGAGAACACAGGUGAAGACACUGAUGGAGACACAACUGAUGAAGAUAAUGAUACAGAUAUGGAUGAAGUGCAGAAUGAUGAUGCAACUCCAUCUGAUGUACCUGACCAGCCAGAUCAUCUAGAUGACACACCACAAGGGUCUGUUGUUGGUAGUAAUAACGCUUCUCUAAGCUCCUAGUGCCCAGAAUAUCACCGGAUUAAACAGUUUAACAGGGUCGCGCAAUACAUGGUGAAAUAUAAGAGAAGCAACAGAAGUCACUGUGCUAACCAGCCAUUUUGAUUAACACAACAUUUUAUAACUUUCUGUUCCCACUGAUGAAGGCUUCUUGGAUGGAAAAUAAAUUAUUCUGUGUGGUUUAUGCUCUGUUCCUUAUAACUGGAAAUGAUUUGCCAUUUUUUUAAUUUGUGGAGAAACUUAGAGGUCAAAAAUAUUUCUUUUCAUUCAGACAUAGAAAGAUUAAGACUUAGUAAUUAGUCACACAUAUAAUGUUUGUAUUUUGUUCUAUACUGUUAAAGACAAAAUCAAUGACCACAAGCUUGUCUGUGGUACUGGCUUUAAGAGACAUGUUUCCAUCUGACUUCAUCUUCUUGACAGAAACUGUUCUCCUUAACGCAGCCAAACGCUGUCCGUCUGAAACAAACACCCAUGACACAUCGUCUAUUAAAACAUAUUAAAAUGUUUCCUAAAAUAAAAUAAAUGUGUACAGACAGAUCUGCUUAACUGUACAUUGAGUACAUCUCUGGAAGUAUAGUAAAUGAUGAUGUAGUGAUUUAACAACACAGAUUGUUUGGCAAUGACUGAAAUGACAGAGAUGUAGAGAUUCAUUAAUGUCACUAAAAUGUGCACACAGGGACCAAUUCUAAUAAAAAGAGUUUUCAGACAAA